CUGGAAAAUCAGUCUUAAAUCUGAAAAGCCUACAAUUCUAACCUGCCUAAAAUCCCAAAUUGCACAUUAAGGCCACCUGAGAAUAGAUGUAGUAAAGUGUUGAGGACCCUCAUGUCCCACUGAAGUUUUCCGAUGUCUGGUGGCUCGUAUUUGGAUACUUCUAAGCUGCACACACAGGCUUCUGAGAGAUCAGUUGUUAAUCGGCUGGAACCCCAAAUCAGCAGCUGAGGCUAGAGAUGGAAGAGGGGGAGGAUGGUUACACAGCCCUACGCUUCAAAGGAAGAAGGAAAAGAUCAAAUGGAGUCUUUCAAGGCUCUAGUCUCAGCUGCCUCAACAGUGCCCAGAAUUUAUCUGAGGAACUCAGUGGAAACAACCAGAAUAUGUCCGAUGACCUUCACAGAAGUACUAUGAUGAUGCUGGACAAAUUAAAGGAACAUUUUUGUGGGGAGUUAGAGAGCGGGAAAGCAGAACAUGCCCAGUGUGAGUACUGCCCACUUGGGUGGGUUCUGCGCCAUGGAAAAUGCUACCACUUCUCGGAGAAGAAAAAAAACUGGAGUGAUAGCGAGAGGUUCUGCAACUCACAGGCAGGCAGCCUGGCUGUGAUUGACAAUGAGGAGGAGAAGACCUUUAUUAUGAACAGGAUGAAGAUGGAAAAAGGCUACUACUGGCUUGGACUCAGUAAGGGGAAGGACAGAUGGCUGUGGGUGACUGGUGCCGGGUUACCAGCAGAGAAGCUUCAUGUUACUGGCAGCAGUGGCAGUCAUAGCUGUGUUGUUUGUGGCAUGGACGAGGUUCUGGCUGAGAGCUGUUUCAAUCCCAACAAAUGGAUCUGUGAAAAAGCCACCAUGGAAUUUCCAACUGUGAAGAGAUCCUCACUGGACUGAAAUCCCCUCCUAGGUCCCAACAAAAGCUUGGUAUAAAUAGGGCAAGGAACACUAUUACACCAAACACAAAUGUAAUACUUUGGGCAUAAUAUAAGAUUUGAGGCUAAAAGACUGAAUAGGCCAGAGAUUGAAUUUAUCUUUCCUCUUGAGCUAGUCCCCCACAGGAGAAUCCCCCUAAAGGUGUACGUAAUGCAGUGAUUCCCAACCAGUGUGCUAUCAGGCCCAAACAGAUGUGUGUGGAAUUUUUUGAAAAACUUCAUAACAAGGGGGGAAGCCGCCGUCUGAUUGGCCAUCUGCUUCACUGCCCCUCCUUGUCCAGGUGUGGAGCAACCAAUCAGAGCUUCCUUUCUUCCCUCCUCCCAUCUUGUGUAAGCAAUGGAUCAGCUCUUCUGCCCCUCCCCUUCUCUCCUGCAGCUUCCAGCCGCAGGUAAGGGAAAGAGACCCUGGAGAUUGAGGUAUGCUAUGGCAGAGAAAAGGCUGGGAACCACUGAUGUAAUGUGCAAGGGAGAGGGGAAAAAAAAAAUUACAAAAUCUUGGCAGAAGAUGGAACCUGUGCCAAAGCCUAGCUACUUCAGGUUAAUGUCUCCUACAGCAUCUUUGUAGAACUAUUGGUCUAGUCAACAUCACAUCCUUAAUACUAUAUUUUCCCAAACUCCUUUCCAAGCAGCAGCAGCAGCGUCUGUAGCCACCCAGGCACCUUCCACCUCUCUGGCUUGUACAGAAAAAUUGAAUGGUAUAUUACAUCAUUUUUCUUCCCCCUCAAAGCUCCUUGGGGCACUAUCUGUUUCUACCCCUUCCUCCCAUUGCAAGGCCUGCCAAUAAACAUUUCCCCUUUGAGCAUAACUCCAUUUAUAUUUGCUGUUCAGGACCACUAACUUUUUAUUCGACUGAAAUAGCCAAGUACACAGGCUGUUUGUUUCAGGGAGGUCUUGUGGUGAGAUCUAAGAAUCAGGAGCUGGAGAACUGGCUUCUCAUCCUGGCUAUGACACUGAUUUCCUGUAUGGCCUUGGGUCUCUGUCUGCCAUAGUUUCCUGAUACCUGAAACUGGGAUAAUGAUGCUUCCCUACCUCAGAGGAGUAUUGUGAGGCUUAAGUCAGAAAUGGCUGUGAAGCACUCAGAUACUACAGUGAUGAGUGCCAUAGGAAUGUCUAUAAAUAAACAGGCAUCCAUCUGUAAUUAUUUUGCUCUGGAAGGGUGGUAGCUAUUAUUCAUACAGGGCUCUGUAUAAAAAUUAUGAAGUCUCAUAAAACAAAAUUGCUGUACAUUUCUCAUGCACACACAGAGUAUUCUUUGCAACCUGUAACAUAUGGGGUGAGAACCUUUGUAUUAAACUGUAGAAUCCAUAUCACUCAACCUACAACAACCCAAAAUGAGGGAUGUGAAAAAAUCAUUCAUGCAGGAAGUUUAGAAUGCUGUGGGAUUUGUUCCUUUUGGGUAAAUACCGCUUUCUAGAACCGCAGGGCAAUGAUUCUGUAUUCCAGAUGUCUCCUCAUUUUCAUGGUUGAAAAAUUGCUUACACCAGGUUUUGAGUUGUGCCAGAAUGUUCCAGAAUGCCAUUCUGUCACUUUUUUUAUGGUGGAGCUGAGUUUGGCAGUGCACUGGGGUCAGUUGCCUCUCACUAGCUCACUCCACCCCAAGCCAGGGGAAGGUGCUUUGACAGAUGCACUGGGGACUUGGCCAGAGAUCCAUGCUGCUGAUAGAUUGCCAGUGCCAGCAGCGAGCCUGUGGGGGUGUCACAGGAUGUUUUUUCCACAUUUUCCCAUGGCAAACAGAUUUCUAGGAUCCCUGCAUAUGACUCAUACUACUUCUAUAGUGCAACCAUCAUUUAGAACAGCGGUUCUCAAACUGUGGGUCAGAACCCCAAAGUGACAGCACUCCCCAUAAGGCUUUAUGGAAAUAUGCUUAUGAAUAUAUAUGACAUAACUGGAAUAUGUUCUGUGCUACAUAUGCAAUGUAACAUAUCUAUGUAAAGGUUAUGAUCUACUGAGUCUAUUAAUCCUAUUUGUAUGCAUGUAUCAUUUUUGUACUCGUUAUGAAUAUUGGCCAUGUACUGGCUUGAUUUCUAAAUAACAUUCUAAAUGAGCAUUUGGUGAGUUCCUGGAGAAAGGAAUUCACAAAGUUAAGUGCCCAAUCAGGAAGCACUUAAGGAACAAUGCAUCUUGGAAUGCUCCAAUCCACACAAGAAGUCUUCCUGGAGACAUUCAAGAUACCGUGUGGGCAAUGGCUUCUGCCUAUAAAAACUGGGAGUCAUGUAUGGAUUUGUGACUUGCCCAGGUGACUCCAGAACUCCAUCUUGGAGCUGGACUUUGCAUAGGAGAGAGGCGGGGGUCUACACCCACAAGAGAGUCUAAUUAAGUCCAUGGGAGACCCCUCCAUUUGGUCUUCAGCUGUCUAAAGAGAGAGCCUCUCCACCCCCAAAGAUACCUGAAAGAAACUGGAACAAAGGACAGUGACUGCAAGGGAUGUAAGUGAUUGCUGGACCCAGACUAAAAGGAGAUUAGUCUGUAAAAGGAAGCAUUCUGGAACAGGUGAGGAUUUUAUCUGUAUUCAGUUGGAUUAGACAUAGACUGGCAUGUCUUACUUUAUUUUGCUUGGUAAUGCACUUUGUUCUGUCUGUUACUACUUGGAACCACUUAAA